AUGGCUACCCUCAGUGUACUUACCUUUGAUGCUGAGGGUCGUGCUGUUGACUUCGAGGUCUGGGUCGAUGACCUACAGCUCUUCCUACAGUGCGAUAGGGCAGACGGACUCUCCCUGUUCGAUCUCACCUCUGGUGCCUCUCCUGCCAGCACUGUUCGCUCACAGUGGGCCACCCGCGAUGCUGCUGCCCGUCUUGCUGUGCGUCGCCACUUACCGACCACUGAGCGUGCGCACUUUAGUCAGUACAAGAGUGCUAAGACCUUGUACGACGCUGUAGUUGCACGCUACUCUUCCCCUGCCACUGCUGCCCUUAGCCGCCUCAUGCUGCCGUACCUGUUCCCUGACCUCGCCGCCUUUCCCACUGUCGCUGACCUCAUUACGCACCUUCGCACUAGUGACACCCGCUACCGUGCUGCGCUUCCUGCUGAGUUCUGCGCCAAGAACCCCCCCCCCAUGUACAUCACCCUCUACUACAUAGUCACCCGGCUCCCUGACUCCCUUCACUCGGUCAGGGACCACUUCCUCUCUGUUUGCCCCACCACACUCACCGUUGACCUCCUCGAGGAGCGCCUCCUGGCAGCUGAGAAGAGUAUAGUCGCUGUAGGAGCCUCUCGUGGUGACCCUCGUGCCCCCUUCUUUGAGGGGUGCUCCCCCUUCCCCCUGUUGCCCUCUGUUGCCUCUGCUGCUGCCGUCAACCUCGUUGGCUUCGAGUCGGUCGGAGCUGCGUCUGCCCCUAGCGGGAGACGCCGCACCGGCAAGGGCAAGGGGGGCAAGGGCGCUGGAGGGGCUGGCGGGGGCGGUGGAGGUGGCGGUGGAGGCAGUGGAGGGGGUGGGGGUGGUGGUGGGAGUGGUGGCGGGGGUGGAGGUGUCGGUGGCAGCAGUGGAGGCGGAGGAGGCGGCGGCGGUGGCGGUGGGAGCGGCGGCGGCGGAAGUGGCGGAGGCGGCGGCGGCAGCGGUGGAGCUGGUCGCGGCUCUACGCAGAGGAGUGGCUCCGGUGGUGGUCCGCGCCAGCUGCAGCAGCGCACUCGUGAGACCCUGUCCCCCCAGCAGCUUCGUGAGUGUGAUGAGGGUGACUGUUACCUGUGUGUUCCGCCUGACCCGGGCAUUGAGGCUGCUGCUCUAGGUGCUGGUGAGGCUGCUGCUCUAGGUGCUCGUGCGUCUGCUGCCCCAGGUGCUGGUGAGUCUGCUCUCUCAGGUAUCACGUCGGCUCAGGCCUUACACACCUUCACCCUUGACUCGGGUGCUUCCCGCUCCUUCUUUCGAGACCGCACCACGCUUACGCCGCUUAGUCGGCCAGUUGCGGUCUCCCUGGCGGACCCCUCUGGGGGUCCUGUCCUUGCUCGCUUCUCCACUAUCUUACCGUGUCCGGCAGCCCCCUCUGGCACCCUGUCAGGUCUCUACCUCCCCUCGUUCUCUACGAACUUGGUGAGUGGUGCUGACCUACAGGAUGGGGGGGUUGACCAGUUCACUCCUGCGGGUCAGCGGGUGACCCACUACUCUCCUCUGGCACCACCGUCUUGGUCACCCCUCCCUGCCUCGUCUCCGAUGUAUGGCCUCCCGUGUCCUUGUCUCUGGUCUCCCCCGGUCCCUCCCUCCCCUCCCUCCGGGGCCUGCCCCUACCUGCGAUCCCUGUGUCGAGGGGCGGCAGCGCGCCGCCCCUCACUCCUCCAAGUUUCCUCCGACAGAGGCUCCGCUGCAGACUCUUCACAUGGACGUGUGGGGCCCGGCCCGCGUCCGUGGCCAGGCAAGGGUGACGUCACUGGGGUGUUGAUCGACUGGAUCCGCGCAGCUCGUCUCCAGCUCAGAGAGAGUUUCGGCUCGGACUUUCCUGUUCUGCGUCUGCACUCUGACAGAGGCGGGGAGUUUUCCUCUGCCCUUCUAGGAGCCUUCUGUCGUGCACAGGGCAUCCGCCAGACCUUCACGCUUCCGGUCUCUCCACAGCAAAAUGGGAUUGCUGAGCGCCGCAUUGGCAUGGUCAUGGACGUCGCUCGUACGUCCAUGAUCCAUGCGGCUGCUCCCCAUUUUCUGUGGCCGUUUGCGGUUCGGUACGAAGCGCAUCAGAUCAACCUUCAGCCCCGAGUCUCCUUGCCGGAGACCUCCCCCACCCUGAGGUGGACGGGGAAGGUUGGCGAUGCGUCUGCGUUUCGGGUCUGGGGAUCUCGGGCGUUUGUCCGCGACUUGUCUGCGGACAAGCUGUCUCCCCGUGCGGUUCCCUGCGUCUUCCUUGGCUUCCCCCCUGACGCGCCUGGUUGGCAGUUUUACCACCCCACCUCGCGCCGUGUUCUGUCCUCCCAGGACGUCACGUUUGACGAGUCGGUGCCUUACUACCGUCUCUUCUCCUACCGCACUGCGCCCCUCCCCCGCCGCCGCUCUUCCUUGCGCCAGUCUAGGGGUGCUGAGCCUGGGGGUGCUGAGUCUGGGGGUGCUGAGCCUGGGGGUGCGGAGCGUGGGGGUGCGGAGCCUGGAGUUGCGGAGCCUGGGGGUGCGGAGCCUGGGGGUGCUGAGCCUGGGGGUGCGGAGCCUGGGGGUGCUGGGUCUGCUCGUGUGGCCUCUGGCGGUGCUGGGUUUGGGGGUCCUUCGGGUGCUUCGUCUCGGCGGGAGCUACCCUCUCCACAGGAGCUGCGCGAGUGGUUUGCCCGGCGCUGGAGCCGUGCUGCUGGAGCUGGAGAGCUGCUGGGACUGGGUGUGCUGCUGGGGCUGCUGGAGAUGGUCCUGCUGGAGGUACCGCGGGAGCUGCUGGCGGUACUUGAGCUGGCGGUCCUGCUGGAGUUGGUGCUGCUGGAGCUGCUGGAGCUGGAGCUGCUGGGGGUGUUGGCGCUGGAGGUGCUGCUGGCGCUGGUGCUUCUGAGGGUGCUGGAGUUGGCGCUGUUGGAGCUGGAGGUGCUGCUGGCGCUGGUGCUGCCGCUGGGGGUACUGGUGCUGUCCCUGCUGUCGCGGUCACAGUUACAGCCCGCCUCCCCCCUACCUGCUCCUUCUCCCUACACUGGUCCUACUGGAGGUCUUGCUGAGCGUCGUGAGCCUGCGUCUCGUCCUGCGUCGCCUGUUCGUGCUGCUCGCACUAGUAGUCGUGCUCCGCGUCCGCGUCCUCCUGCGGUCCCAGGCACACACCAGAUGGCACUGCGUCCUUCCACUGCUCCUCUGCGUGUCCCGCUGCCGUCUCCUCCAGAGUCCUCUCUUCCUGUCCUUGCUGACCCGGAGUCUGACUCUCUUCGUGCUGCCAGUCCUACUGUCACGCGUCUCCUGGCUACUGUUGUCACUGACCCUUCCUUUGAGUCCACUGCUGCGUCUGCCUUGGUUGCUGAGCUUGUUGACUUUGCUGCUCGCUGUCGUCUAGACUACGCUGCUAGUCUUGUUGCUAAGUCUGAGUCUGUCUGUCCUCCGUCCGUCGGGGGUGAGUGUGCUCUUAGCACGGACGUCCUUGAGGACAGGCAGGAGGAGUUUCAGUGUUUUGCUGCUGCUUUGCCUCAUCUCGUGUCCACGCUGAUUGCCCCUGAGGGAGACCCGGAUGCACUAGACAUCCCGACUCCUCGAUCGUACGCUGAGGCGAUCGAGGGUCCCUACUCCUCACAGUGGCAGUCAGCCAUGGACGCAGAGAUGGCUUCUUGGAAGUCCACAGGUACCUACGUCGACGAGGUUCCCCCACCUGGGGCGAACAUCGUCAGUGGCAUGUGGAUUUUCAGGGUGAAGCGGCCGCCGGGUUCUCCGCCUGUCUUCAAGGCGCGUUACGUGGCUCGAGGCUUCACCGCUCAGCGCGACUACGAGCUUCACUCUCUUGACUUCAGCACUGCUUUCUUGCAGGGCAGCCUGCACGAGGAGAUCUGGCUGCGCCGCCCACCUGGCUUCACUGGGUCGUUUCCUCCUGGUACCCAGUGGAGCCUCCGGCGGCCAGUCUACGGUCUCCGCCAGGCGCCCCGUGAGUGGCACGACACACUGAGGACUACACUUGCGGCUCUUGGGUUUGCUCCUUCUACUGCCGACCCGUCGCUGUUUCUGCGCACCGACACCUCUUUGCCGCCGUUCUACAUCCUCGUGUAUGUCGACGACUUGGUCUUUGCCACUGCUGACACUGCUGGACUCGCCCACGUGAAGUCCGAGCUGCAGAAGAGACACACGUGCACAGACCUGGGUGAACUGCGCUGCUACCUUGGCUUGCAGAUCACCCGGGACAGAGCACAGCGCACCAUUACCCUGACUCAGUCACACAUGGUGCAGCAGGUCCUUCAGCGCUUCGACUUCACGUACUCCUCGCCUCAGGCCACUCCUCUGUCUACUCGCCACUCGCUCUCAGCUCUGCCUUCGGAUGAGUCCGUAGAGCCGAGUGGCCCGUACCCAGAGCUUGUUGGCUGCCUCAUGUACCUGAUGACCUGCACUCGACCUGACCUUGCAUACCCUCUUAGCAUCUUGGCACGCUAUGUUGCUCCUGGGAGACACCGACCAGAGCACAUGGCUGCAGCGAAGAGGGUGUUGCGCUACUUGUGCAGUACGUCGGGCAUGGGGCUAGUGCUUGGAGGGCGACGUCGAGUGGUCCUCACAGGUCACACAGACGCUUCUUGGGCUGACGACCAGGCUACGCAGCGGUCGUCACAGGGUUACACCUUCAGCCUUGGUUCCGGCUUUGUUUCGUGGCGGUCUACCCGCUCUUCUUCUGUUCUCGGCUCCAGCUAUGAGGCUGAGAUCUACGCGGGGGCCAUGGCUGCACAGGAGCUACGCUGGCUCACCUACCUGCUGACUGACCUAGGAGAGCCGCCUCGUUCUCCUCCAGUUCUGUACGUAGACAACAAGGCCAUGCUGGCCUUGUGUCGGGAGCACAGACUGGAGCACAGAACGAAGCACAUUGCUCUUCGCUACUUCCUUGCUCGUGAGCUGCAGCAGCGUGGUCAGCUGCGCCUUGCUUACGUGGCCUCUGAGGCCAACACUGCUGAUAUCUUUACCAAGGCACUUCCGCCUUGUGAUCAUCAGCGCUUCUGUACGAUGCUAGGUCUUGUGCCUACUUGGCCUCACUUGCUCACUUCUUGA